CAGAGUACUACGUAAUUAGAAUACACAUAGCCUUGCAAAGUUACAUUUUUGGUUUUUAAAAAUUGGGUGACUAUUGAUCUUUUUUUUUUUCCCAAGAAGUAUAUAAUAAAUUGAAUAAAGAUAAGGAAAAAGAUACCGUAUAUUUUAGGAGUCCCUUCAUACAAAGGUACGAGUAAUUUUUUAAUCCAAAAACAGCUGAAAAUAAACGCAAACCUAUUUUAUUUACGAAGGUAGACAUAUAUAAAUUCCCUCAAAAAAAAAAAAAAAAAAAAAAAAAAGUAGACAUAAAUAAAAAAAUAAAUAAAAUGCCAAUAAACUGUGCCGAAAUUCUGGAGCUCUUUCAGAAAAUUCUGGGCAAAACCCUCCCUUUAACCCUUCAAUUUUAUCUGAAAUUUCCAUCUUUUUCGCAAAAUUGACGAACUUUCCAUCUCAAAUUCCAAAUUGAAGUAGAAAAAGAGGGGAAAAUGGAGUCAAUUAUGAAAGAUGAAGUUGGAGAAAGCUCUUCAAAUUCAAGGUUAUCGAACGACAACAAUGGCGAUAAUAAGGCAGUCGUUGUUAGGGUUAAGCGCAAACUUGAUCAAUCUCCUCUUGAAGCUUUCUGGCUGGAAAUUAAUGAGAUACCUGUGAAACGACCGUUAAUCGAUUUUCAGAAGUUAUCGAUUUCUGAUUCUUCUACUCAAGAGGAAUUGAAGAUCAAAAGGGUCCUUGUCGAACAUGUCGAAACUGUUAGCAGUGCUAAAGCUAGCAUUCACUUUCUGCAAUCCUUUGUGCCACCUACUCCUGAUGGCGAUUCCAAGUUUAAAGCAAGCACUAAAGAGAGAAGGCGCACUCUCCAGAAAGAGAAUAAGCAUGACCAGCUAUUGUCCAAAGCAAAGCAAGAACAAGAGGAAAUAGCAAGAGGUGCACGUUUUGAACAAAUAUGGAAGCAUAGAACACACAAUAAAAAGGCUAUCCAUGAUGAGGCUUUGAAUGAAGUAUGUCGUGUCUAUGAUGUUCUUCGUGUUGACAAGGCAGAGGAGACCUCUAAAAUGAUAAACAAACAGGAAGAAAUGUCUGUGGAAGAGCAGGAGAUCCUCAGUAAAUUUUUACCUCUUUUAAGGGAGUGUGUUCCUGGUGCUGCUGAAGAGAUCGAAUCUGACAUUGUUUCUUCUGCUUCCAGACAUGAUUCAGCUGAAGAAUACGUGUACGACCUGUAUACAGUCAAGGAACAGAUAGAUGAAACAGAGGCAUCUUAUCCAUUUCCUUUGGUCCAAGUUGAUGAUGAUGAUGAUCACUAUGAUGGUCCUGAUUAUUCGGACUAUGAAACUGAUGAUUCCAAUGCUGAGGACCAUCCUGCUAACGAUUAUCCAGAAGAGGAGUCUUCAGAUGAGGAGAAGAGUUCGAAAUCUGGUAGUGACUCAGAAGAGGAAAGCGAAGCAGAGAGUGAUAUGUCGGAAAAAUCUGAGGACUCAAUAGGAUUUGACCAAGCAGAAGAUCCACUAUACGAAGAUGAAAUGAACGAAUCCCAUGACAACGCUGACUCUUAUGAUGAUGGUGACGAUGAAGACUGGAGAUGAGCACAUCGUUGAGUUGUUGGCUUACAUUACCUUUUACUAACUUAUAUUCUCAACGUAAUGACACGCUUGUAAAUUUGGUGCAUAUUUUGCUAUCUGCUAAAAGUGUAGGAAAACGGGUGGUGUUUGCCGGUUGGUAAUGUGUGAACAAUUUUGACAACAUUGAUAGCUAAUUGUUUAGAACUUUCCAGGAAUGAAGUUAAGUAUUCCAGUCUGAUUAUCAAA